UCUGGAAAAAGAAUCACAAAAAUCGUACAAUAGGAUUUGUUUAGAUUUGUUGGGUUCAAAAUGUUUGAAGUGAAGUUAUAAUUGCUACUCGACACUGGGUGGCGCGCUUCGGCGGGGACGUGCAUACGCUGGAGUGGAGCAACAGAUCAACGCGCAUGCGCACUUGAUUGUUUUGACUGAAAAUGCCGUCGGUUUCGAAAACGGCGGCCAAUGCGUCUCCUCAAACCGAGAAACCGACCCACUAUACCUACUUGAAGGAGUUCAGGACCGAGCAGUGCCCACUUUUCCUGCAGCACAAGUGCACACAGCACAGACCGUUUACGUGCUUCCACUGGCACUUUCUCAACCAGAGGAGGAGGAGACCCAUCCGCCGCAGGGACGGCACCUUCAACUACAGCCCCGAUGUCUACUGCACCAAAUAUGACGAGACCACCGGCAUCUGCCCUGACGGAGACGACUGUCCUUAUUUACACCGGACAACGGGCGACACCGAGCGCAAAUAUCACCUCCGCUAUUACAAGACGGGCACGUGCAUCCACGAGACGGACGCCCGGGGGCACUGUGUGAAGAACGGCCUCCACUGCGCAUUUGCCCACGGCCCACACGAUCUCAGACCUCCCGUCUAUGACAUCAGAGAGAUCCAAGCACAAGAGGCGCUUCAGAAUGGACAGCUUGGAUCUGGAGAAGGUAUUCCCGACUUGCAGCCCGGCGUCUUAGCCAGUCAAGCCAUGAUAGAGAAGACCCUGACAGAGGACCCUAGGUGGCAAGACACUAAUUUUGUUUUAGCCAACUACAAAACGGAGCAGUGCAACAAGCCGCCAAGACUGUGCCGACAAGGCUACGCUUGUCCACACUACCACAACAGUCGAGACCGUAGACGCAAUCCACGCAAGUAUAAGUACAGGUCGACUCCGUGCCCAAGCGUGAAACAUGGCGAUGAAUGGGGAGAGCCUUCCAAGUGUGAGAGCUGCGACGCUUGCCAGUAUUGUCACUCACGCACGGAGCAGCAGUUCCACCCCGAGAUCUACAAAUCUACCAAGUGCAAUGACAUGCGGCAAACCGGCUACUGUCCCAGGGGGCCCUUUUGUGCCUUUGCACAUGUAGAACGAAUCGCCUCCACCGAUGAAACAAUGAGCACGUUGCUAACUGCAAUACAUUCCAGUUCACAUUCCCAGCCGGGCUCUCAGCAGUAUUCCGAGUGUCCUGUCGGUGAGUGGACGACAGCCGGAGGCUCCAGCAACGGCCAAGUUGCAAGUACACAAAACAGUGUCUUCUGCACGGUGAACCCCUUGGCGUCUAGCUUCACCUCCAGCAUAACGUCCAGCUUGGCCUCCAGCAUUGGUUCGGACAGCUCCUCCCCAACUACAUUGUCCACCAUGAAUGCAAAAGCCACACCCUUUUAUCCUGGGAGCAACACAGUGGAAUCAGUCAUCGGAUCUGCUCUGGAUCUCAACUUUUGUGAUAUUAAUGUGGCAUCCCUUGAUAAGGAGCUAGAAGAACAAGAUAACAAUGCCGGACUGGAAAGUCAAAGGUUGUUCGGGGGCUCAGCCCCGGUCAACAUUCCCGGCUCAUUGGCACGCUCGUCCUCUUUCAAUUCCUCCUCGUCAUUGUCCACAUCGCCGCUGAGCUCGUUGUCACAGUCGCAGUCUUUGCUGUCUGCCGCAGUGUCACAACAUCACAACCACAGUGCUAACAUGUUGGCCAAACAGGAGCACGGCCUGCUGGGAACGCCCACAUCUUCUUCCCAGAACUCUUUAGGCUUGAACGGCACAGGCAGCAUUUGGGACUUUGUGAGUGGCAGCUUCUCAACGAGUCAGUCGCCUGUCUUUAGUAGCCUGAUGACGGGCAGUGCUGAUGUUUCGCGCCUUUUUCGGGAGCUGGAUGAGGCCAAGAGAAAGAUCAAACAGUGGGAGGAGGCCUGGCACCAGGUCAAACAGGCAUGUGAAUCAUGCCAGAAAGAUGCCCACGAAGCCAAGGAACAAGCCAAGGAGGCGGAAGCGGAGCGGCAGCUGGCCGAACAGAAACGAGACGAGUCUGAGCGCAGGCUGAAGGACCUUCGCGGGGACUUUGACGCGCUGUGCCGGGCGCCCGGAACACCGCUCCUGCGCAGCUACGGCGAGCUGGACCAACUGUCUCUCUCCAAGCUGCACUCACUCAAGAAUCAGCUGUGCAAAGAUCUCGACCUUAUAGACGGGGUCAUAUACAUGCUUCAGUCAAAGAAAUGUGUAGUUUGCCAAAAGCAUGACCGAAGCAUUGUGCUGCAGCCGUGCCAACAUUUCGUUCUAUGCGAGAGCUGCGCGCCCAGCAAAUCCGAAUGUCCCUACUGUCGAACAAAAAUACUCAAAUGGUGAUGGACACUCACACAACAGAGGUACAAUGUAGAAAAACUACUAAUAGAUUUCAAAUUCUGUCUAUUUGAUACCGCAAUUAAAUGCGGAAUGACCUGAAUCCUAUAAAUAUAUUAACGCUGAAUAAUGUACAUGGGAUUCGGAUGUUUUGUUUUUGCUCAUUUUGUGUGGCCAUCAUUUUAGUCAGAAAACAUUUACCAUCAAAAUACUCGUUAGGCUGCAAAGACAAUAAGAGGUGAUUCUAAGAGUUAGGAAUGUCAUGAUAAAAGUUAAUUACUGUCUGUAAUUUAAAAUGUUAAAUGAAUAUUCACUUGAAAGCUAGUGAAAUAUUUAGUGAUUAUAUACAUAUAUUUUUGACAACUUUGGCUUGUUGUUAACGAAACAAAAUCACUGCGUUAAGAAAUUAGAAUAUUACAUGAACAACCAAAAGGAUUUUCAAUUCCAAAAGUUUGGCAGGAAUUUGCUGACUAUAAAGUAUUUUCUAAAGUUAGUGUUAAAGCAACACUUUGUAGCUUUUCAGUUUUGAGCGAUUUUAGCGACGCCGGUGGACAAACGCGGUAGUGCCUUAAGGAAGACUUGAUUUCCCGAGUACCAGCGCACACCCGAACAGUGUCGUAAAAUCGUCAAUCAAUCAAAAAUCUUUCUCCCGGUCGCCUGCAGAGAUUAGUUAAACAACAUUUCUAUUUCCAGAUUAGUUCAACAACAUUUCUAUUUCCAGUGUGAAGGAUGAAUAGUAAUAAAAGUUAUCGAAUCCAGUUGUGGCUAAAUCAUAGCAUGUGACAGUUAGCAACCGUGUGGCUUAGUGUGGCUCACCCCCUCCCCCUUCCGAACUCUGUUGAGGGGGGACAUCACGCCAGCGAGUGAAAGCCGUGCCACUUUUUAUUCUGUAUAUUCUGGUUGCCUCUUUUUGUCUCCUCAGGCAAAGGUUUUUGGUUCUUUUGUUGCUCUGCCAUCUUUGCAGAAUUGGCGGAAAGCGUUUGCAUCGACUUCCGUCUUUAUAAUGAAUGGGGAAAGGGGGAAGUGACGUAUGCUGUAAAACAGUCAGCACAUUCGUAGUUUUUUUUUCUGUGGCAGGGUUUCUGCCACCCUCCUAAGUUAAUUAGUGCCGGUGAAAACGAUACAGAUCCCUCAAGAUAUUUAAGACAUGUCAUUUAACCAACAUGUUGUCAGCCGACAUAUCAAAAUGUUAUGAAAAUAUUUUAUAAAAGUUGAAAAGUUACCUAGUGUUGCUUUGAGUAUUUUUUUUUUCCACAAAAUUUUAAUUUGAGACACCUGGCAUUUAACAUCCGACAACCUUUUUCAGCUUAAUAUAGGAAUGAAACACAGAAUGUCUUUUUUUCCCCCCCGACAGAAUUGAAUGUGUCUGGCAUCUUAGCCAUUAUUAUUAAACACACUUAUUCAUCAUUCCCCAAACUUUUCAAGAAGACAAUUAGGCGAUCGCAAUAAAACAUUUUGUAUUCAAAACAGACUCACCGUUAACGAUGUCACACUUAAAAUGGGCAACAGUUAAGACAUCCACUUUUCCUUUAAAGAGGAACAUGUAUUGAGAGAUUUUGUGAAAUUCAACACUAUGCACAGUGAAUCUUUGAUGUAACAAAAACACUAUUUGUAUUGCAAAAUUAUUUUUAUCAGGUUUUUCAGGUAUUAGCGCAGAAUGUUCCUGUUGAAGUAAAACCCCUAAUAUUUAAGUUGAUAUGAAUGCAGCCAGCUAACUCAUGGGCUGCCAUUGACAGCGACAGACGUCUAAUUCAUUUGCACUGAAAGAGCUGGCAGCGAAUGAACAUUUGCUCAUUCGCUGCCAUCCCAUUUCCAGUUCAAACGGAUUGGACGUCUGCUUGUAACAAACUGUUUUCAAUUCACAGAGCCACAUGAUUGGAUGUUUUAUCAUCGUGAAUGGCACUGAAAGAGUUAAGCAAUUAUUUUGACCAAUUUCCUGAAGAUUUCUUAAUCAAAGCACUUUUUUGAGAUGGGACUAUUAAAAGGGUAUGUAGACAUUUUCUUUGACCUGCUUUGUAUGUUUUGUUGUUGUUGUUUUUGUUAUACUUUUCUAUGAAUAUACCUAUAAAUAUAGAGGAGCUAAUGCUUUUUCUUUUGUGUGUACUGUUGAACAUAAAUGGAAUAUUUAAAUGUUUCCUGUCAUUAAAUCAUGGCAUGAUUCUGAAUAUUAAUAUUUUACGGGAAAAUAAAAUGUAUUUAAUAGUUUCUACUUUCAUAGUUAGAUUUAUAAAUAAAACAUUCAAACAAGUGCAAAUUUAAGAUGCAUUUUAGGCAUAACCAGCAGCUUAAUUAUGUGUAACUGCGCGCGCACACAUGCUAUAUGUGGUUCAAUCACUUUUGUUUUUUGUAAAGAGUUAUAAUGGGGAGCAUGUAUUGUUUUUUUUUUUUUUUUUUUUUUUUUUUUUUAUGUGUGUAGGAAAUUAGCCUCUAGAACAUAUCGGCCUCCAGCCCUAAAGUGCCUUCAGCUCAAAUUGUCGAAGCGGAAAAGCCUGUUUUAGGUGAAAUGUGUCUAAAAAGUCGACGUUAAUACCGUGACCUUUGUAUAUUCAUCCCCCUUUUUGUUAGUAUUUCAUUGAUCAUUGCCAGUGCCUGCGUCUGUCAUUGGCCGCAGUAUUCUUCCUGUGCAGCUCCGCUUUUCCAAAUUCGCUUUUUUCUUUCCUGGCCGUAUGCAAACAAAGGGCACACGCAUUUGUACAGAGAAAAAACAAAAAAGUUUAAUUAACGUAAAUGAGUCUGUCUAAAAUGACCUUUUACUGUGUUAAAGAAUGGUGUCUCUUUCUGUCUCACUUUGAGACGAUUGCUUUGACUUGUUAGUUUACAUUCCUCGGUGUUGCAGUAAAACAGCGCAGUGCAAAAAAAGUAUAGCAAAAAGAUGUACGUUGGCUUAUCGGCAUGUUAUAGAAGCAGACAGAGCUGCUUUUAAAUGACUACUUUUGACGUAGUUUAUAGGUUUGCCUGAAUUUAGACCAGCAGAGGGUAACUUUACCGAUAUUUGAAACUGAAGCGACUCCGCACAUGACGAGGAAAACUGAUCGUUUGUACUUGAUGCUGUUGUAAAUUUUGGUGCUCUCUAGAUGAGCGGUGACAUGCCGUGUCGUUUUUAUCAUGGGGAAUGACUUGCGAGAAACGUUAAACACACACUCGCCAACCUGUUGCUCCUUGGCUUCAUUGCGAUUAUAAAUAUUGAGCAGGUUUUUAAAAAAAAAUUUUUUUUUACAUUGUCAUCCCUGACCACUUGCUAUGCGAUCAGUAAGGAAAAAUCACUUUUAAUGAACUACCAGUAGUCAUGUUCAGUGUCACGUCAGUAAAAUAGAUUGUACAUCUGUCACCGUCAAUGGCAGACAAUGAGUUCGUUUAACAAAAGAAAGAGGAAAGAUUUCAAGUUGGCCUUUGCAUCCUUUGAUUUUUUUUUUUCUGAAAAUGGAUACCCCUGCUUUACGCAGUAGAUUCCCUUAAACUUGUUCUGUAAAUUUAUAAUGACAAUCUAUUUGGACAAAAAUAUUGUCUAUUUUGUCUUAUUUGACUUCAGACCCAAUUUAAACAUUUAAGCAUGUCUUAAGCAUCGAUUGGUACGUUUCUUACUUUGCAGCAGCCUUGAAAGCAGCUCUAAAGAUUAAGAGAUUAGGUGAUUAUUUUGAAUGAAUAAAGGCGCAGUAAGUUAAAUUUUUAUAGUUUGCCUAUUCAAAUACGACAGAAAAAGCAGUGUUAAAUUUUCCGCUGUUGCAUUAUGUACAAUCGUAAUGAAAUAUUCUGUGUAAGUGUUUCACUGACACUGCCAUAUUUUAUUUAAAUCCACUCCUCAUUGGGAAAGUAUUCAUGGUAUUAUUUAUCAUUCAAUUUUGGAAAGCAAUUUGAAUGACAUUUGGAAAUUUGUGCAAUUCUGUUAGAUUUUUUUGUAACUGCCCCACAAUUAUGUCGCUUACCUUUACUGCUGUAAAUGGUAAGAGGUUUACUACUUGUUUAUUUUAUUUUUUAGACGGGUUACUUUGGUCCUUUAUCAUUUUGCCCAUUAAAAAAUGUCUCAUGCAAAAUUUAGAUAAACAAACCAAAGGGAUGAAUGCAGUAGCUGUCCACAUAUUGCAAAGGUUUGGCCCUUUUUAAAACAAAAUGACACUCAUCGCCAAGAAGGACUAAUUGUUGCAUUUCAAGGCAUGGAAUUCUAUUUUUGGGCUAUUUCAUUUAGUGGCUAAAUAACAGGACUAUGCUGAUGGCUUUUGCUUCUAUUGUCAACGCACUUGAGCCCGUGUUUGUCGCAGUUUUACCAAAGACCUGUACUUUUUACUUUAGAAGUUUUCAAAUGAGUAACAAAAGGAAAUUAUGAAAAGAAUCACCUACUACCUUAAAUAGUUAAUUAGCAGUAGUAAAUUACGGUAGAUUGUUUCCUCUGAGUCGAUAAAAAAUGCAGAUAAAUCCCGACGAACUGUUGACCGAUUUGAGGGUACCAUUAAAACAAUGAAGGAAUGUGCUCAUGAAGUAGCCAUAUCAGCUUCCCGUUUCUGAAGUUUUUCUCUCAAUGGCUUCUACAAUGGAUGCUUAUUCAUUUACAUACUGUUUUUAAUACUGUUUGGUGCUUUUAAUUGGUGAGGUAAUCCUUGGCAGAUACAGACUGAAUAAAUCUCAAUCAAAUAACCCAAAAUGUCCACUUUGUAAGCAUCGAGUUUCACCACCACUUUUUGUGCCUUUUUAACAUUGGAUAUGUGUUGCACCAAGCGACAAAAUUGUCAAAUGACCCUAAAUUGGAGCCAAAAAGCGAUUUGCCUUACACAAGUCUGAUAGACCAGUCCAGUUCGCCAAAGGAUUUAAAAUACUGUAUUGGCCCGAAUAUAAGAUGGCCCUGAUUAUAACAUAGUACCCGCGGGUUAUUAAAAGUAUUUAAAAAAGCAUUGAAUUUAUUUUUCCAUUAUUAAAGGUAUUAAAAGUAUUAAAUUAGCUGUUGUAAGUCUGGAAUUUUUUCACCGUGGUCUUAAUUUUCAAGAACAUCUCAGUGCAACCUAGAUUAUAUCCGUGACGAAGUUUUUUUUUUUUUUUGGAUCCAUAACGAAGAUGACGCAUAGAAUUUUUACGAUGCACUGCACUACAAAUUGAAAUGCAACUCGUGCGUGCCAAACGACCACAACCGGCAAAACGGAGAAUCCAUCCACCUCUGCAUCGGGAAUGCGUCCGUUUGUCGGUGGAACGAAAACCCUGCAGGCAGAGGUAUUGUGGAUUCUGAACACCAAAACAGACCACCGUUCAUAUACUUCAAAUGAGUCCAUUGGUGAUCUGUUUCGGAUAUUACGUCAUUUUUGGUCGGCAUCGGCUGUCACAAUGUUGGUCAUAUUGCGUUUUGUUCCAGAGGGAGCGUUCCCGAUGUCGUAACGGUCUUUUGUAACGAAUUUUCAGUUGGCAGAAAAAAAAACGCGCAUUUUCUUAAUGUUUAAAUAGUCUACAUAUUUUUAUGAUCAUUAUAAAUGCAUUAACACAAUGGAAUAAUGCUGGAAAAGUUUGUUAAACAUAAUGUUGGUCAAAUCGUGUUUUUUUUUCCGGAGGGAGCAUUCCCGACUUCGUAACUGCAGCCAAUUUAAGCUCAUCAAGACUUUGAGAUAGAGGUAAAAUCGGGCCUAAAAAAUCCAGCCCGACCCGACCUGGUCUGCGGGUAUUAAAGCCCGACCUGCGUUUUGUGUGAUAACAUUUGUGACGAUGUCUGCAUAAAAGCCUGUCUUUUUGCAUGUUAUUUUGCCACAUUCAAAUCUUAAUAUCUGAAAACAGCACCUAAUCUUCUCCUAUAAUGUUUCACAAGCUUGAUUUUGUGUUAGGUGAACCAUUUCUGUGUAGAUUUGGCCAUAUGUUUAGGGUCAUUGUCUUGCUGAAAGAUCCAGUGACGACCCAUCUUCAGCUUUCGGGCAGAGGGCAACAUUUUGAUUUAAAAUGUCCUGGUAUUUCAAAGCAUUCAUGAUGCCAUUCACGCUAACAAGGUUCCCAGGGCUUUUGGAAGCGUAACAGCCCCACAGCAUCACUGACCCACCCCCAUACUUCACAGUGGGUAUGAGGUGCUUUUCAGCAUGCGCAUCUUUUGUGGCACGCCAGACCCACUUAGAGUGUUUGUUGCCAAAAACCUCAAUCUUGGUCUCAUCUGACCAAAGCACACGGUCCAAGUUGAAGCCUGGGACCGUGUGCUUUGGCCAGAUGAGGUCCCAGUUGAAGCCUUUCAGCAAGACAAUGAUCUUAAACAUAUGGCCAAAUCUACACAGAUACGGUUCACCAGACACAAAAUCAAGCUUGUGAAACAUUAUAGGAAAAGAUUAGGUGCUGUUUUGUUGGCAAAAGGGGGUUGUACAAAGUAUUAACACCAGGGGUGCUAAUAACUGUGACACACAUUAUUUGAUGUCAAAUAAUUAUAUCUUUGUGUGGGAUUUUUUUCCGCACUGAAUGAACACACUUGUAUUGAAGGUUGGAUUUUUUUCUUUUUUUCUGUUAAGGUCCCAUGUUAUUUGAAUUAAAAAAAAAUAUUCGAAGCUAAAAAACUAAUCUUAACCAGGGGUGCCAAUAAUUAUGGAGGGCACUGUAUGUAAACUAAAGUGCAAUCAUAUUCGUAAAUGAAUAGCUUCUGGUUUUUGAAAUGUAAAUAAACCAAUCUAUUGUGAUAAAACAACAAAAUUGCAAUAACUGCAUUUCCCAUCAAAGUGAAGUAAGGAAAAACAUUGGAAUAAAAAAUUGCAAACUGGUUAAACUUGAGAGAAGCUGAGAUCUGUCAUGACAGAACAUCGCUUCAAUGAUAUCUGGCGCCAUCUAGCGUCGUGAAUGGGGAGAGUAGCUGAAAUCUAUCAUGACAGAACAUUACUUCAAUGAUAUCUGGUGCCAUCCAGCGUCGUGAAUGGGUAUAAUGUCUAGACCGCGACUAUUAGACGACCCCCUGUUUUUCAGUCUUAUUUCAAUGCAAAAACACCGUCUUAUAUUCGGGCCAAUACGCUAAGUCGACCGUUUUCUCUCAGUGUGUAAACCACUGCCACAAAACGGCGCUCUACUUAACUGUAACCAGCAGAGGCACUGUUGAUUCGCAACUAAAGAAGAAGAAGAAAAUAUAUUAACGCAAUGGCUAAAUCUUUCUCUCAGUGUGUAAACCACUGCCACAAAACGGCGCUCUACUUAACUGUAACCAGCAGAGGCACUGUUGAUUCGCAACUAAAGAAGAAGAAAAUAUAUUAACGCAAUGGCUAAAUCUUUAACUGCAAUUUUUUUUCUUAGUCUCAUUUCAUUAGCGAAUUAAGGCUUAAAUUAAGCUAACACCAGGAAAUUGUUAUAAUAGGCUUGAAACUUGAAAGUGUUUUUACAUCACAGUCUGUAUUUGCCAUCCCAUUCAAGACAAUUACGUAAAACUCGGCAAUUUUCCAUCAUAAGUCAGUAAGGGACAUAAUUUCAAUGAAUCUGGCACCAACACGUUGAAAUAACAAGCACCAAACCGGAAGAAUCUUGUAAAUUAACUGUACACGGCAUACUUUUGAAUCCUUUUUACAUUCUAGAUGUUGUGUUUGUCAUCGUUUUUCUAAUACUAUGAACAUGCGAGCCUGAAGAUUUAUGCAAUCGUGUACGCGUAUAAUGACAUCAAGUGCGUUGUUGGAAUUGAAAAUGAAUUUAAUUGUGAGAUUGUUGUGGAAAGUAAAGAAACUGAAUGUGGAACUAGAUGUUCCGUGUACUGUAAACAUGUUGUUAUUAUCCUUAUUAACAUUUUGAAGCCCUGAAAUAUUGAAUGUAUUGUUCUUAAUUAGAUAUAUUUCAGAGGAGGUCACUGGAAUAUUAUUACUUCAGAGCGCGGUUAAUUCAUUUUGAUGUAGCAUCUAGCUGUAAACUGCUCUUCAAUAAAACAAAUGUAAUAGCACUAAAUUUAGUUUAUUAUUUCCAAGUUAAUGCAGCGAUUGAAUGGAGACUGGAUUUAAUAGGAUCAUUACAGUGAAUAUGAAUAGUUUGAAUUUGUAAUUUUUUUUUUGUAAUGUGUAGGAAAUCAAGAGAGAAUCACGAGAAUUAUACUGUCGGUAUCUCGAUUCUGUGUUGUGAACACAAACAUACCAUAUAGGUGCAAAGUCUUAGAGUACAACCAAAUUGUUUUUGUUUGUUUUUUUGUUUUUUUACUAUUGAUUUCUACGUUAAAGAUUGUGUAAUGUAUAUUUUAUGUAGUGUAUGAGUAGUUUGUUAACACCUGUCAAAAUUGUUACACUACAGUGUUGUAAUGUUUUACAAAGUUCACAAGCUUAUUUUUUAUCAUCUUGACAAUUAAACAAAUUUUUC